UAACGAAUGUGCUUCGACGGCUCAGUUUAGGCGCCAUUUACAAGUUGGACUUUUACGAGGAAUGACACUGAAGUAAAGUUUGUGCUGGAUUAUCCUUACCGUGGUUUUGGAUACAACACUUUUUCUGUCAAGCGAAAUUUGGACCAAAACAAGGGACUUUUCGAUAAAGACACUGUGGAAGAUUUUGAAACCAUGCCAUCUAAAAGUGCAAAGUGCUCCACCGCCGCCCCCAAGUCAGGAGGAGGAAAAGGGUCGCAGCCUCGGGAUGACUCCGAUGACGAGUUGGAUGUACCCCCCCGAGGAAGCAAUGGUCAAGAGGAGGAGGCACCAGCAGCACCAUCGACAACUGAUCCGUCUCUCGGGGAGGCUGCCAAGGCGGUUGAUAGCCGCACUUUGGAGGAGAUUCUCGGUAGCAUCCCUCCACCCCCACCCCCAGCAAUGACCAAUGAACCCGGGGCUCCUCGCCUCAUGAUAACACAUUUAGUCAACCGCAACUUUAAGUCCUAUGCAGGCCAACAGAUUCUAGGGCCCUUUCACAAGCGCUUCUCCUGCAUCAUCGGUCCAAACGGAAGUGGCAAGUCCAAUGUGAUAGACUCCAUGCUAUUUGUGUUUGGUUACAGAGCUCAAAAGAUCCGAUCCAAAAAGCUGUCAGUGCUCAUUCACAGCUCCGAUCAGCACAAAGAUGUGCAAAGCUGUACCGUGGAGGUGCAUUUUCAAAAGAUUAUUGAUAAGGAAGGAGAUGACUACGAAGUCAUCCCCAGCAGCAAGUUCUAUGUUUCCAGGACCGCCAACAAAGACAAUUCCUCAGCCUACUAUAUCAAUGGCAAAAAAGCCACAUUCAAAGAAGUGGGGGCUUUGCUUCGAAGCCAUGGCAUCGACUUAGACCACAACAGAUUUCUCAUCCUGCAGGGUGAGGUGGAGCAAAUUGCCAUGAUGAAACCCAAAGGUCAGACGGAGCAUGAUGAAGGAAUGCUGGAAUACCUAGAGGACAUUAUUGGCUCUUGUCGCCUCAAGGAGCCCAUCCAAACGCUCGCCCGGAGAAUUGAACUGCUUAAUGAACAAAGAGGCGAGAAGCUCAACCGAGUCAAGCUUGUGGAAAAGGAGAAGAACGCUUUAGAGGGAGAAAAGGACAAAGCUGUGGAGUUUCUCACUCUGGAAAAUGACAUCUUCAAACACAAGAGUCAUCUCUGCCAAUAUUACCUUCACGACCUGCAAAAGUGUGUGGUGGAUAAAGAGCAGGAGAAGGAGAAGAUCUUGGAGAACACUAAGGAACUCACUGAGAAAAAUAAGAAGCUAUCAGAAGAGAUGGAGAAAAUGAAUCAGGGGCUCAAAGAUGUGGAUAAGAAACAAAAUAAGCUCAACAAGUACAUUGAGAGCCAGAAGGAGAAGUUCACCCAGCUGGACCUGCAGGACGUUGAGGUGCGCGAGAAGAUUAAACACUCAAAGAGCAAGAACAAGAAGUUGCAGAAGCAGCUGGAGAAGGACAAAGAAAAGCUGGAGGAGUUGCGCGGUGUACCCGCCAACAGUGAAAAGGCCAUCUCUGAGGCAACAGCUCGUAAGGAAGCGCUGGAGAAGCAGAAGGCUAAAGAGGAGGAAAAACUCAAGGAGGUGAUGGAGAGUCUGAAGGAAGAGACGAGCGGCUUGCAGCAGGACAAGGAGGCCAAAGAGAAAGAGCUGAUGGCGCUCAGCAUGGCCGUCAACGAGACGCGCUCACGGAAGGACCUGGCCCAGUCGGAGAUGGACAUCUACAUGAGCCGCCACAAGACGGCGUUGACGCAGCUCAACUCGGCCAAACAGACGCUCCAAACGACAUCGGAUACACUCCGGGAGCGCCGUGCUGCUAUUAAAGAACUGGAAGUCAACAUACCUGAGAGAGGGAAGGAGUUAAAGAAGGACGAGGAAGAGCUUGAGCGGCUGGUGAAUAUGGAAAACGAGACCCGGCAGACUGUGAGGGAAAUGAGGCAGAAGGUGGACGAAGCCAAGAGCUCUCUGUCCUCCAAGCGCAGUCGAGGAAAGGUCCUGGAUGCUCUCAUGCAGCAGACAAGGAGUGGCAAAAUUCCUGGUAUCCUCGGAAGACUGGGAGAUCUCGGCGCCAUAGAUGAAAAGUACGAUGUAGCCAUCUCGUCCAGCUGUGGCGCUCUGGACCACAUCGUAGUGGACACCAUCGACACGGCUCAGAAAUGUGUCGUAUUUCUCAAAGAGCAGAGCAUCGGCAUGGCGACUUUUAUCGGUCUUGACAAGAUGAAGGUGUGGGAGAAGAACAUGGGUCCGAUCCGCACCCCUGAGGACAGCCCUCGUCUCUUUGACAUGGUGAGAGUGAAAGACGAGAUUGUGCGUCCCGCCUUCUACUUUGCCCUGAGGGACACCCUGGUGGCCGAAGACAUGGAGCAGGCAACAAGGUUGGCCUUCCGGAGAGAAAGGCGUUGGAGAGUGGUCACCCUCAAGGGCCAGAUCAUCGAAAUGGCCGGAACCAUGACCGGAGGGGGAAGAGUAAUAAAGGGCCGGAUGGGCUCUUCUCUCAACACGGAGGUCACCCAAGAGGAGCUUGACUGCAUGGAGAGCAACCUGAACAAAAAGGUGUCAAAGCUGCAGGGGUGCCAGGAGAGGAAGAUGCACCUUGAGGAGAACGUGCAGCGCCUGCGCUCCCAGCUCCGUGACAUGAAGAACACUCUGGAGAAAUACACCAACAGCAUCACCAGUCUGGCUGACCAGGAGAGCCACUUAAAGGUCCAGAUGAAGGAACUGGAGACCAACGUGCUGGCUGCUGCCCCAGACAAGACCAAACAGAAACAGAUGGAGAAGAGCCUUGAGGCCUUCAAGCAAGACUUUGAAGCCGCUUCAAGUAAAGCCACGAAGGUGGAAAACGAGGUGAAGAGGCUCCACAACCUCAUCGUGGACAUUAACAGCCACAAGCUAAAGGCUCAGCAGGAUAAGCUGGACAACAUCAACAAAGCUCUGGAUGAAUGCUCAUCCACCAUCACCAAGGCUCAAGUCGCCAUCAAGACUGCAGACCGCAACCUCAAGAAGUGUGAGGAGAGUGUGACCCGUGUGCAGGGUGAGCUGGAGGAGAAUGAGAAGUCUUUGGUGGAGUUCACAGGACAACUGAAUAAACUGGAGGAGGAGGCGGGAGAAAUCAUGAAAGCCUGCCAAGAGGCCGAGGCAGAACUUCCUGCGGUGCAGGAACAAUACCAGGCGGUGGUGAAGGAGAUCAAGGUUCUACAGCGGCAAGAACACGCCCUACAGGAGGAGUCGCUGAGCGUACGGCUGCGCGUGGAGCAGAUCGAGGUCUCCAUCGGGGAAUACAAAAGCAAGAUCAAACACUGGCAGAAGGAGGCUAGCAAGCUGUCCCUUCAUGCCAUCGAGGGCAAACCAGUGGAAGAACUGACUACGCUUACGGCCGAGCAGCUGGGUGAUAUCUCUGACCCCAACAUCAUUAUCAACAAGAUGAUCACGCUGGAGACGCAGUGCGCUCAGAUGAAGCCCAACCUUGGCGCCAUUGCGGAGUACAAGAAGAAGGAGGACAUGUACCUUCAACGCGUGGCCCAGCUAAACGACAUCACCACAGAGCGUGACAAGUUCAAAGAAGGCUACGAGGACCUCCGCAAACAACGCCUAAAUGAAUUCUUGACCGGAUUCAAUAUGAUUACUAACAAGUUGAAGGAGAACUACCAAAUGCUAACACUGGGGGGCGAUGCAGAGCUGGAGCUUGUGGACAGCUUGGACCCGUUUUCUGAGGGCAUCAUGUUCAGUGUACGGCCUCCAAAGAAGAGCUGGAAGAAGAUUUUUAACCUCUCCGGAGGAGAGAAGACUCUCAGCUCGCUGGCUUUAGUGUUCGCACUGCACCACUACAAGCCCACACCGCUCUACUUCAUGGACGAGAUUGAUGCUGCUCUUGAUUUCAAGAACGUCUCCAUCGUGGCCUGUUAUAUUUAUGAGCAAACCAAGAACGCACAGUUCAUCAUCAUCUCACUGAGGAACAACAUGUUUGAAAUCGCCGAUCGUCUCAUCGGCAUCUACAAAACUCACAACACCACCAAGAGCGUGGGAAUCAACCCCAAGACCAUAGUGUUCCGAGAGCAAGACGCCAGCACCGCAUAGAUCUUAGUUGUUUCCUACACGUACAAAUUUAGUUGCUGAAACAGUUUUCUGUUGUAAAUAUUGUUCUAUGUAAAAUGCUGCUAUCUGAAUAAAAACUUUACA